CUACCUUACGCUUCUGUACUUGAAUCAUAAGCAUAUAUCCCUAAUUGACAGUCGCAAAUGUGUUUCUUGAACAUUUUUGGCGGCCAAGUGUGACCCAAUAUAGUGAGUGGACUGUGGGAAUGAAGUGAAAUUUGGGCAACAUGAAUCUAUACACCAUAUACGAUUGGAUCACGUCGCUGCUCCGCACGGGCAGCGGCAGCGCCUUCUACAAGGCAGUCGAAGCACCGGAACAGCCAGCUGCACCACCACAGCCACCCACAGUCAGCAGUCUACAGCAGCAGCCACACACGCGCCCGGCAGCCAGUCGCAGCUGUUUCGCACAGAAUGUGGAUGUUGAGUUCAUACCAACAUUGAAUUUUUUGUUUCACGCCUCAGCAGCAGUCAGCGAUACGCCAGCGGACAGAGAGCAAGAGCACGAGCGUCAGCAACAUGCCGCUUCGGAAGCACGCGAUGAUAUUGACUGUUCUGGCACAAAAUCUGACGAUGAUAACGAAUCCACGCACACGUAUAUAAUCUCCAGAAGUAGUUUCACGGCAGCCACAGGCUCGAGCACCACACCGUACGCAGUCACAUCCACAGACACUGCCGACCUACUAAGGCAGCAAAACAAUCUGAGUCUCACCGAGGACGAGCAGACGGUGUCUUCGUUUAGCAUUGAGCCGCCUACUAGUUCCAUGUCUAUUGAAAUGGCCGAUCAACAGAGAUACACAACAACAGCGACAUCAGCGACAUCAGCGGCAGCAACAACAACAAGCGCUGAGACCAACAGCGCCGAUCUGGCUCCAAGGGGAGUCACACAAACCACAGUCACAACUACAACUAGCAGCAGCAUAGAAGAAGACAUUGAGGAGGCGAUUGAGAUCAGCGAGGUGGAAGAGCAGUUAAAUUCGAACAUCGAUUCGCUAUCCGAUGUGGGUAGAAAGGGCCCAUCAAAGUAUAUUGCUAAAUCUGAGAGUAGCGAAGAGGCAGCCCAUUUCGGCAUCGACGAUGCUCAGCUUUCUGGUGGCCAAUUGGCCCAGCAUUUUCUGGCUGAUGAGGAGAGCGGUGAUGGAGAUGCCGAUUCACCCAGUCCAAAAGAUCAAGCAACAGCAACCGAUGACGAUGACUUUGAUAUUAGCCUUCCAUUGGAGGGGCGCAAGCCCAUGCACUCCCGCCACGAAGAUAAUGCAGAGGAGUCUCCCCAUAGACACGAUGAGGGCGAGAGCCUUAGCAAUCAAAGCACCACUGACGAUGUCUCUGAUUUCGUGGACGAGCCGCAGCAGACCACCGACUCAGCAAUCGAACCCCAAAACGCACAAUCGGGCAGUGUUGCAGCAAGCACAAUGGCAUCGGCGCUAUCGGAGGCGGCCGAGCCUGAGUCAAGGUUGGUGGACAGUGAAUUGGAAGAGGGAGUUGAUGCACACAGCGAGCAGGAUCACUCUAUGGAAGAAAUCGUUGCUACUAAUGAGUCCAUAGAAAUAACCUACAAUGCAGAAGAGGGACUCGCUAGCAGGUCGCUGCUAAGUGCAUCGCAAAAUCAAAACAUUUCAGCCGGCUUAGACGUGGCAGAGCCAGCAGAGACAUACACUGCAGAGUCAAACACUGUGGAACAAUUAAAGCUACCCCAGUUGCAAAGUCCCCAAAUCGUCGAUCACAAAACUACAAAUAUCUUAGAAACAGUUCGGCUAGAACCCGAGCCACUAGAUCGGAUUAUGGUUAAUUUGAAAGACGAUGACGAUGACGAUGACGAUGAGGAUGAGGAUGAAGAGUGUGCCAUGCAGCUGUUGAAGCUGCGUCUGAUGGCCAUGAAUCAGCAGACCCAAGUGGAUACCGGUGCCAAAGGCUCACCCACAGAGUCACCAACUAGUCAAGAGUCUGGAACAAUGGAACUUAAGCAAAUGGAACGCGUACCGCUUACAGAGUUUAGCAAAGACGUAUUGGAGGAUAUUACAGAAGAGAGUGAGCGUCUUCUAUCAAUAAGUACCACGGCUGAGGAUCCCAAAUCAUUGUCCAUGGAAGAGUCAAAAACAUUGCAGGAAAUCAAGGCCGGCAGCAAUUCAAGUUUGGUGAGCUUGAACAUGCUGAAGCAGCUCGAAAGCAAGGUUCAGGACCUACACUCACAGCUGGAGAGUAAGGACAAUUGCUUGGCUUCCCUGAAUCUUCAGCUUGAGGCUGCCCGCCAGGAGUCGAGCGUCGGCCCGGCAUCUGCCCGGGACAGCAGCUCGUUGGUGACUAGCUCCACAGAGUACCGCACAUUCCUAGAGGAGUUUGGUGCCCCGACACUCGACAUCUACGUGGAGUUAUCGCGGCGCGACGAGAUGAUCGCAAAGCUCACGGAGUCACUGCAGCAGUCAUUGAACGUUCGUGGCCAGCUGCAAUCGGACUCUGAGAGAUUAGGCGAGGAGGUGCAAUCGUUACGUAGGCAACUUCACGAGGCCAUCGACGCAGUCAAGCGCAGCGGCGGCUGGCCUGAUCAACAGGGCAAUAUCGGACAGCGCAUCUCGGAGAUAUCCAUGGAUCUGAUUAGCGAAAGUGACGACGAUAUGGAACGUAACUUUCUUACCGACCAAGAAGGGGAUCGGGUAUCGCGCAGCUCACGUGAGCGACAGCUCUCGGUGCCAAUCGAUGACUUGGGCGUGGAGCCUUUGCCUCCCGAAUGGCCGCCCGCCUUCAGCAAGCAAAUCGAACAGUUCCAAAAAUGUUUGUUGCCCGGCGAGGUGCGCCCGUUUCUCUUGGUGCAGCGCAAGUUUGACGACUAUCUGUCGCAGCAGUUGGCCCAGUGUCGGGAGCAGUGCGCGCAAGAGCUGAAGAUCAGUCGGGAUCAAUGGGAGAGUGAGAAGUUGGCUAACGAGCAGGCGCAGCGUGACGCGCAUGCUAAGCAAAUGGAGGAGCUGCGCAAAUACUUUGAGCAUCGCUGUGCUGAUUUAGAGAAACAGUUUUCCGACGAAGUUUUCUCGCAUAAAAGUCAGCAUCUGGGCGGGGACAGCUCCUCCGAGUGCUCGGAGGUGGAUCAACUGCCAGAAGAGACAGCCUCAAAAGACUCCUCUCCCCGCAAGCGUAAACGCGCUGAGCUCCUGCUUAGCCCCAGCCAUCGCCAAAUCACGCCCAGUGGGCUUGAUCCCAAGGAACCCAAAGACAGCGUGUCACAGCAAGUUGCUGACCUUAAAAUAUUCUAUCAAGCACACAUCGAUGAACUGAAGCGCUCCCAUGCAGAGCAAGUGCGCCAACUGAAGGAGCGUAUCAAAGUCCACGAGCGACACCAAUCAGAUGAUGAUUAUUUGCCCGCACAACUCAAAUCACCGACUACCUGCCAAAACGUGAGACAAGAUGCAGUGGAGGUCGACCCAACUGCUGGACAGAACCCCAGCACAUCGCUAAUUAUCAUUGAUGAGGAUGAGCUGAACUUGAAUAAUGAGUCGCAGGUGAUUCAGCGCAUCAUCGAGGAGUAUGAGCGACGCCUGCAGGAGCAGCUGGCGCUGGCACGCCAAGACAUAGUCGCCGAGCUAGAGCAACAGAUACAGAGUUUGUUGUCGGAGUGCGCCGUCGAUGAUCAGCACUGGCCCAAGGAACUAAUACUGUUGCGAGAGAAGUUUACGGCCAAGAGUCAAUUGGAAAUAACCCAGCUGAAUAUCAAACAUGCCGAAGAGAUGUCGCGGAUGAAACUGGAAUAUGAGAAGCAACUCAACCGCAAGAACAAGCGGCAUUUGACGUUUGACUCGGGCCGUGAUUUGCAGCACAUAAUAACCGAGCGAGAUGGUUUACGGGAACUAUCGAAGAGCUUCCGCAGCGUGCUCUGCCGGCUGGCCAAGUGUGUGGCCAAUUGCGAGGGUGACCUGAAUGCCACUCUAUCGGAGGAGAUGCAGCGCUUACUGACGCAGAGUCGCAGUCAGGAUGGUGGUGACGAUGUGGAGCACACGUUGAGCAGCUCCUUGUUGCAGGGCUCGUUCAACAAUUCGAAACACCUGCGCAUGGUCCCGGAUGUGCACAGUCUCCUGGAAGUGGUGGAGGAUCCCAGUCUCGUGCAGUUUAUCGACAGCAAAAACCCCGACGAUCAAAAUGAUUACUUUGAUCUGGGUGACUGCCUAGAGCGCCUGAAAGCAGAAGCCGCUUACCUGCUGCAACUGUCUGAGGAUCUUGAGAAGCAGCGUGCCAUUCAGUCUGUGGACCGGCAGGAUGAGCCAGAGAAACAAGAGCAUGAGUUGUGCUGUGAAGCGGAGGACGGCUUAAAGACCACAGCUCCAUUGCCAUCAACUCAGCAACAGUUGCUCCACGACCUACUACGCACCAACUCUCUGAACGAUCAGAACCUCGGCGUUGCUCAUCAGCGUAGGACCAGCAAUGGUGCCCUGGGGACCAAGUCACAUAGCUCGCUGCCGGUCGACUUGCAGCAGCAGUCGGGCAAUGCUUCGGAACUCAGCUUCCAACUUGUAGAGUUAAAGAAUCGAUUGAUCAAAUCGGAAGCAGACCGACAGAAUCUGCAGCAACAGCUGACGCAUACCAUCGAUUGCAAUGCGGAGCUGGGCCAGGAGCUACAGGCGUUGCGCGAUCAGUUGUCGCAGCUGAACUCUUUAAACCACACAGAUUAUGCCGAAGGUUACGGCCUUGGUGACAUGAAGAGUUCGCAGACUCUGGAUCAGUCGUCCGCCAGCUUUGUACAACUCCAGGAGAGGGCUCGCCAUUUGCUGACCUCGCCCACGCAACAGCAAUCCCAAGAGCCGGGCAACGCAACGGUUGUAUUACUCCAGAUGAUAGAAGACUUCUGCCGCGAGGGUGACAAGGUGGUAGAAUCGGGCAAGAAGGAUCGUGAGGAUCUUCAGUCGCAGAUCGAUACCGCCGACAAGCAGCUGAAGGCGACGCGCCAGUUCCUGGAAGAGCAGGCCGCCGAACGCGAGCAGGAACGCGAUGAAUUUCAUCGUGAAAUCGAACGGUUAAAAGUGCAGCUACGUGAAAAGGAAAAGGAACGCAGCUCUUUUGCCAAUGCCUCUGAGGAGUUAAGGGGAAUGGAGGAGACGCAUUACGCUAUUCUGGAGGCCCAACUGCGCGAGGUGAACCAGCAGCUGAGCGACUCCAAUGACAAACGGGAUAAAAUGGAAACGGAACUGAAGGCAUCCAUAGACAAGAUCUUUGUGCUGCGCGAGAUCAUUUCGGAGCUGGAAACACAGGUGCAGACCAAGGCGCUUAAUGAGCAGGUGCUGGACGAGAAGGUCAAGCAACUGGAGGACUAUAUACAAAUACAAUUGCGCUCUAAUGACGCGCUCACACAGGAGGUGCACAGCCUAAAGACAGACAUAGGCGAGAGCUACCAGACGCGUAUUCGCCAGCUAGAGGAGAAGCUCCAGCACGGAUUGCCCUCAGCCGAAACUGCCGUGGUACUGAAACAGGUGGCCGACCAACUGCUUCUGAUUGAAACAACUCUGGAGCAGAAAACCAAGACUCUGGAGUCACUUCACAACUCUAACACAACCUCCAACUCGUGCAGUCUUAGUGCCACAGAGGAUGUCUCCGCCCACGGUGCCAACAGGCAGCCAGCUGAAGGGUCGCCCAAACACUCGCAGACGGUGGAGGGAGUGCAGCGCGUGGUCGAGAAACUGGAGAAGCACACGCGUGUGGAGGAAGCUGCAAUCAAGCGUAUACGCGAUUUGGAAAUGCAAGUCACCCAAAUGCGUAGUGGCUGUGUGGAAUUGCAGCACGAGCGUGACUCGCUGCAGGGGCGCAUUGAUGAGCAGACGCAUCGCAUUUCGACGCUGCAAAAGCGCCUGGAAGAGCAGCGACAGCGCGCCGAGCAACUGCAUCGGGCGGGCACUUCUGAUCUCAACACACGUAUUCACGAGCUUCAGAACGAUGUGCGCAAUCUUGGCGAACAGCUGUCCGCGCGCGAUAAGCAAAUGGCCACAAUGCAGCAGCAACUGCAGCGCAGCAAAGACGAGAUAGUGCGCCUGGAAGCUGAGCUCGCAGUGCGCACACAGCCAGAUCGCAGUCUGGUUGAACGCUUGGAGGCCGAGGUGCUGCAGAAGGGCAACGAGUUGCAAAAGCUCAGGGAGACUAUACACACGGAAAUGAUAAAUCGCCAAGCGCUGCCUGAUCUAAUGCAAACAAUGCUGGCUGAUAAGAACGACGAAAUUGACCAUUUGCAGGAGCAAUUGCAAGCGAAAGAGCGCGAGCUACAGGCGGCUAAGGACCACAGCAGCCAGGCUUCCUCUCCGGCAGCUGGCAAACAGGACGCGAGUGGUAAGCACAGCGCCCGAACAUUGAGUGACAUUGGCUCAAUCACCGAGUUCCCUGAACCGGAUGUCGAGCGUCGUGCAACGUGCCGCAGUCUCAAUGCUCCCCUUCAACUGCCUGAGGCUGCGGGCGGCUUUUUCCAUCAGACAAUGGAAACCUCAAAGGAAGCUGUCGCGAAUCUCACGUACAAACGCACAGACGACUUAAGUGAAUUUGUGGUAGCUCAUCCUGUCAAUACUUUUGAGCACCCGCACUACUUUCAGGAUCAAAAUGCGCGCGGCUUGACCACUGCGAUCAGUGGGGAUCUCACACCAGGCUUGGUGCCGCGACAGAUCAAUUUCUCGAAUUUAACAGAGGACUCUAAGCUAAAGACUCCCAGCUUGUUGAUGCAGACACCUGAGCUACCUAAGGCGAUGCCGUCGCCCGAGCUUCAGCAGCUGAAGCAAAAGCUUUCAGCCCUGGAAGAGGAGAAGCAUAAGCAGAGAAUAGAAAUGGAGGCAAAUCUUGUAGAUUUGCAAGAGCAACUCUCGCGCGAGAAAAAUUUGGUUGAGCGGCAACAAAAACUACUUCGGGACCACGAGGAAAGCGAGAAGAAAUACAGGCUGCGUGUAGACUCGCUUGAGGAGAAGAUUCUGGAGAACGCCGCCCAGGAGGCGGCUGAGCGAGAGACUCUGCGGAAGGAGCUGAAUUUAGUGAGUGCAGCGCAUGCGCAAUGUGAGCAACAACAUAAGGAUGCGGCUGCGACUCGAAAGCGAGAGGUUGAGAGCCUGAAUGCAGAAAUCAAGGAAAAGACUUUGCGCAAUCGAGAGCUGGCUGAUCAGCUGCAGUCGGCACAGCUGCGCAGUGAGGACCUACAGCGCCAGGUGCAAGCCUUGGAACGAGAUCUGGAGCGACUACGGAAUAGCGAGCAGAGCUCCAAGCAGUAUUCGGUUGACGAAAUCGCCCAGCAAGUGGAGAAAGAGCUUAACUACUCUGCCCAACUGGACUCGAAUAUUCUCAAAGCUAUUGAGAGUGAAGAGGAGAAUAACUUGGACAAGCUUCAUCAAAAAGAUGUACAGACGGAGGCUGAUCCCUCACGUGGAAAUGGAAAUGGACACGGCACCGACGACGAGAACUUUACUGGUGAACGCGAUCUGCUGAACCAGCUAGAGGCAGCUAGAGCUCAGCUAGCCGUAGAGCGGGAACAAGCUGAAUCGUUGAGCAAAGAGCUCCUCAGCGAGAAACAGCACUCGCAGGAAAUCCAGGAGCAAGAUGUGCUCAUCAUUGAGGCGAUGCGUAAGCGCCUAGAAGCUAUGCUAGAGGCUGAAGACGAGCUGCACAAGCAAUUAGACAUGGAGCGGGAGCGUUGCGAUAGGCUACAAACACAGCUUACCUCCCUGCAGCGAGCAGAGAGUCGGCGUAGCAGCGGGCUACUGAAGUCGCCUACGGACUCGCCUCGCAAGUCACCUCGAGCAGACUUCGAGUCUGAGCUGUGCGACCGACUGCGCAGCGAGCUGAAACUGUUGACGGCCCAAAAUGAGCGGGAGAGAGAACGAUCGGCAGAUGCUCAGCGCAGCAGUGAGCGUGAGCGUCAAAGGUACGAAAAAGAGCUCCAGGAGCGUGUGGCAUACUGUGAGCGUCUUAAGCAGGAGAUGGAGAAGCUUGCUCGCGACAAGGAAUCGGCAGAAAUGGAGCUCGAGCAUUUCAACGAGCGUUUGACCCUGCAAGCUAACGAAAUUGAGAGCUUGGAGGCGCGUAUGGUCACACUACAAGAAGCAGAGACGCGGCGCGCCAGCACAAGAGCUCGCCAGCAUCAGGAACAGGCGAAAUUGCAGGCCGAAAUUCACGAGUUAAAGGCGAAGCUGUUGACGGCAGAGUCCGAAAAGAACAGUCUGGACCUGAAGAUAAAUCAGCUGCGCUUUGAUGUGGCCCGUUCAUCCCAGCGCGAGUCGAAAUUAUCGGAAGCCCUGGCUCAGGCCAACGAUCGCUUGGCCCAUAGCAUGGAGGAAACAGUGCCCGCACAGUUCCUGCAAAAAAUGAAGGAAAUCAACACACUGUUGGCGGAGAACACUCAGGAGAACAAGCAGAUGGCCGAAACAGUACAGUAUCUUGUCGGAGAGCGAAUCGCGCUGCAAAAGAAGUGCGAGGAGCUUGGCGGCAAUGGGGGUGCGAAUACCAGCGAACUGGAGGAACGAUGUCGGCAGCUGCUUGGCCGCUACCUGCGCGUCGAGAGUCAUCGCAAAGCGCUUGUCUAUCAGAAGCGCUACCUGAAGCUUACUCUGGAGGGCUAUCAGGCGAGUGAGCAACUGGCGCUGCAGAACAUCGCUGGGGGAGCUGGGUUCAAAGUCAGCCAGCCGAAGCCCAACAAAAAGAAAUUAUUCAAGACUGUCGCUCUGGCCAUUAUUGCCAUACAACGCAUCAAAUACAUUGGUCGCAUUUGGCACACGGGCAAGCGGAUCGUGAGCAAAUCGAUAUUUACAAUAACUCAACAAAGAACUGGCCCGUGUCUCAAUCUGAAUGUGGCUCCGCCUUUGCCCGUCAACCAACCUCAACAGAGUGCUAGCCUCAACAACAAUUUGCCCACCAAUUCUCACAGCACUGCAGCACGUAUGAGCUACGCACCGGCCUCUCCGUCCCUCGCACCAGCCGUGAACUUUAGCACCUUGCAGCCCAUCGUUCUGACUCAGGACUACGCCUUGCAGACGUCGGCGCCCUUCAAUAACAACAAUAAUGACAGCAGUCAUAAAAAGUUGGAAGCGACGCUGCCCUCGCUGGCAACGCUUGACUGGACGACAACACAGAAGGCCAAGAGGGUACAUUCACGGCAUCAUUAGCACACGCACAGGAAUCAUAGAAAACAUGCUCAAAAUAUGCCAUUUAGAUGUCCCCUUCGUAUUACAGCCAUUAAUAAUAGACGAUGUUUUAGAGUGUUGUGUAGUUAUGAAUUACUUGUAAGUACCUAGAGUAGAGCCGAAAAUCCUCAACAAACCCAGCAUCAGACACGAAUGUUAAUAUACCAAUAAUGUACCAAUUAAUUGUUUAAAUUUUAAUAUUAUUAUUCUUUGGACCUGACUUUAUCUCACUCCCAGUAUUUAGAUUAGUGUUGAUUCAUUUGUUAAAUUAAUUAGCUGAGACAUAUCCACAUAAAUUACCUUAAUUUCGUUUAAUUUGUAGGCCUGAGUGACUGUCUUAAUUGUUUAUAGGCUGAUUAAAGCUAACUUAUCCACAAUUUAAGGUGUCAAUUAUUUUUUUAUCAUUUGAGUUUGUCUCGUUUGGCAGAAAAUAAUGGAACAUAUUUCGCAUGUGCCUUAGUUGUGUGAGAAGGGCUAAUGAAGCAUUUAAUGUUGAACUU